ACAGUUUUGUUGGUUUUAUGCAUGUUUAAUGGUUGCAACAAACGUGACUUGAUCGUUCAGUGGCUUGUGGAGAACUAUGAGACAGCAGAAGGGGUAAGCUUACCGCGUAGCACAUUGUAUUUUCACUACCUGCAACACUGCAACGAGAACAAAUUGGAGCCGAUGAAUCCGGCCUCGUUUGGCAAGCUGAUCCGUUCCGUUUUCUUCGGGUUACGAACUCGUCGAUUGGGCACACGGGGAAAUUCCAAGUAUCACUACUAUGGGAUUCGUAUCAAGCCCAAUUCUCCGUUGAAUCAUUUUGUCGAGGACGCCGGGUUUUCUCUUCGACAUUAUCCAAAUUACCACAGACAGACCAUGGAGGCGGCCGCCGAAUGGAAAUGUUUCGAUUCGCGACUAAAACAAAGUUUGUCUCAAGAACGACUCCACAUACUGGUGUCAGAUUCGGCCGUGCUCCAGUUUGUCCGUCUAUAUGACCAUACAUUUUACCAGUCGUUGGCCGAGGUCCUCAUUCCCAAUGUGCUCCGACCGAUACCACCUACACUCACGCAAGCCAUUCGAAAUUUCGCAAAAUCUUUGGAAGUAAGUCAUGUUAUACUUGCUACCCAGGGUUUAGAACCCACUUUGGUCAGCUUGAAACUAUCGGCCGUGUCCGCACUCGCUCAGACCUUGCGACGUUACACCAGUUUGAACCAUUUGGCUCAGGCUGCACGUGCCGUGUUGAAAAAUAGCAAUCAGAUCAACCAAAUGCUUGCGGAUUUGAAUCGUGUGGAUUUCAAUAACGUGCAAGAACAAGCAUCUUGGGUUUGCCAGUGCAGCGAUGCAACUGUCGGUCAGUUGGAACAGGAUUUCAAACGAAUUCUGCACAAACAUGCCUCACUGGAGGAAUGGGCUCAGUGGCUAGACAAUGUGGUCUCAACUAUUUUGCAGCCACUGGAAGGUAACAGUUUGGCAUAUACCCGAGCCGCUCAUCAAUUGAUUCUGAAGUGGUCCUUUUAUAGCUCAAUGGUGAUUCGUGAUUUAACCCUGCGCUCCGCGGCCAGUUUCGGUAGUUUCCAUCUAAUACGUCUGUUGUAUGAUGAGUACAUCUUCUAUCUGGUGGAACACAAAGUGGCCGCACAUUUGGGCAUGACUCCUGUAGCUGUGAUGGAUGUAGGCCUUAAAGUUUAA